ACUACCGAUUGCUGCAGAGUGCACAUUGCAUUGCAGCCGCGGGAGUCGGUACUACACCAAAAACGUAACUCUAAAUUUUCGCUCACAUGACUACUUCAACAUCAAUUCGAUCCGAUUCAAACACGCUGAUUGCGCGCCCGGCACCUGGACACUUCAUGUAACUCGCCAAGCACGCACACAAAUCGUCGAAAAGAAGAACAGUGAACAGUGAAAUUGUUUAAAAAAUAUAUAGUGCAACACUACUCACAUAUACAACAUACACAAAUACAAAAAUUGGACGGACAACAUCUCGCAACUGAAUAUUACUACCAACAAAUGUACAUCGACGCAGCAACAACCUAAGGAUUUAAAUUACAACAAUACAAUUUGAACCGACACUGAAAGAUCGCGCAUAUUUAAAUCAAUUAAGUUUGUGUUUUUAAGUUUAUUAGUUAUAUCAUAUUGCAAUUAUUGAUCGUUUGUUGAUGAUAGAAAAGUAUAUUUUAUAUUUUAACGAAACGAAAAUGUUUGUUGUGUUUGUUAAAGUGCAUUAAGUGUUUCUAAAGGAGAUUAUUACUGAUUUGCUAUGGCAGAAGGUAAUGGUGAGCUAUUACUGGAAGAAUCAAUGAAGAUCGAUUUGGAAGCAGAACGCACCGAAGAUUAUCAAAAACUUUUGGAAUAUGGCCUCGACGAGAAGGUGGCGGCGAAGCUGGACGAGAUCUAUAAGACUGGCAAACUGGCGCAUGUCGAUCUGGACGAGCGCGCGCUCGAUGCGUUGAAGGAGUUCCCCGUCGACGGCGCGCUCAACGUGCUCGGCCAGUUCCUCGACUCGAAUCUCGAGCAUGUGUCCAACAAAUCCGCCUACCUAUGCGGCGUGAUGAAGACCUAUCGGCAAAAGAGCCGCGCCGGAUCUAGCCAGGGCAGCGCUACGCCCGCUCCCGCGCCUGUCAAGGGCCCGGACGAAGAAAAAAUUAAAUUAAUACUCGACAGAACUGGAUACACCCUAGAUGUAACGACAGGCCAACGAAAGUAUGGAGGUCCACCGCCAGGUUGGGAUGGCAACACACCAGGCGCAGGUUGUGAGGUGUUUUGCGGCAAGAUCCCGAAGGAUAUGUACGAGGAUGAGUUGAUUCCACUCUUCGAGGAGUGCGGCACCAUUUGGGAUCUGCGCUUGAUGAUGGAUCCGAUGACUGGCACAAAUCGCGGCUAUGCUUUCGUCACAUUUACCACCCGCGACGCGGCACAGAUUGCCGUGCAAAAGCUCGAUAAUCACGAAAUCAAACCCGGCAAGACACUGAAAAUUAACGUUAGCGUUCCGAACCUUCGGCUAUUCGUGGGCAACAUACCAAAGUCUAAAGGCAAAGAGGAGAUACUGGACGAGUUUGGUAAAUUAACAGCUGGCCUCAUGGAAGUCAUCAUCUACAGCUCGCCGGACGACAAGAAGAAGAAUCGCGGCUUCUGCUUUCUGGAGUACGAGUCGCACAAGGCGGCGUCUUUGGCGAAGCGCCGUCUUGGCACUGGGCGCAUCAAGGUGUGGGGCUGCGACAUCAUUGUUGACUGGGCCGAUCCGCAGGAGGAGCCUGACGAACAGACGAUGUCGAAGGUGAAGGUGCUGUAUGUGCGCAAUCUCACCCAAGAUAUUUCCGAAGAGAAGCUUAAGGAGUCAUUCGAGGCGUUCGGCAAGGUGGAGCGAGUCAAGAAAAUUAAAGAUUAUGCUUUUAUACACUUUGAAGACCGGGACAAUGCAGUUAAAGCAAUGGAAGAAUUAGAUGGCAAAGAAAUGGGUGGAUCGAAUAUAGAAGUCUCCUUAGCCAAACCUCCGUCCGACAAAAAGAAGAAAGAAGAGAUUCUACGUGCAAGGGAGAGGCGAAUGAUGCAAAUGAUGCAAGUUCGAGGAGGAAUGGUGCCAAGUAGUAUGCCAAUGCGCGGACCGCCAGGACAGGGCGGCGGUGGCGGCGGAGGUGGGCCUCGGACGGGAACCUCAAUGCGCGCUCCGAUGGGUCGUGGCGACUACGAUUAUGAUUACGACUAUUACGGUUACGGGGAUUAUCGAGGCGGCUACAGUGACCCCUAUUAUGAUGACUUUUACCGGUAUGAGGAAUACUAUUACGAUUACCCGCCGGCACCACCGCAAGCUCGAGGGAGAGGCAGACAGCCACAACCGGACCUGGAUGAAACGAAUGCAUUGAAUUCUACAAGUGUGUACUACGAAGUGAACAGUGGGACACAGGCUGGCCGUGGGCGUGGGGUGGUGGCACGUGGCCGGGCCGGUGGCCCCCCAGCCCGUGGGGCAGCGGCCAACAGAGCGGGGGGCCGGGGCGCAGCAGCAGGGGCGCGUGGAGCAACGCGCCAAGCCGCUCGUGGGGGGGCCCGCGCCAAGGGAAGUUUACCAGCAGGUAAGCGGAAAUUCGACGGGGGUCACCAGAACCAGGGGGAGUCAAAGCGCAGAUACCAGAGCAAUUGGGGUAGCCAGCCCUUGGCGCAACAGCCGCUGGGUGCAGCAAACGGCGAUCAGUGGUAUCAGGACUCAUUUCCAACUUGGAGUUAAGUAUUUUUUAGUUGUGUGGUCAAAAAUUUUGCUAUAAAAACUGUGUACACCCAACUUGGGGAGGGACUGAAAAUUCGGAGAAGAAGAGGAAGACUUGCCCUGCGCCCGGGGGCAAAGUUUCAAAAAUAAAAAAUGGUCGGCGGCUCGCGUACACACUCGAAAGUGUGCGGACUUUUGGUUCGCGAAAAGAUUCUUGUGAUUUAUUUGGAAUUGGAUUUACAAAAGCGCAUUAUCUCUAUGGAUGAGGCGUCGGCCAGCGACUUUCGGAGAGCAAAACGUCGAAAACGAAACGCAUUCGAAGUAUACAAACAUAUUUGAAUAUUGAAAACGCGAUGGUGUCCCCAUAUUCUGCAAACCAGUUUUGUAAUUGUUACUGAUUAUUUUUUUCAAUCAUUUCAUUUGCUCGUAUACUAUAUUGUUAUGUUAAGCGUUGGGAUUUACAAAAUUUCUAUCUUGAUGAAUUGUAUGUCAGGAUCAGAUUAGACUUUCGCCGUCUAUUUUUACAAUUUCAAAAUGACGCUGCAUUUUUAUAAAUUCAAGACGAUGUUUCGGCUGAACAAAAAACAGUAGCAGAUGCAAGAAAAUUGUAUAAGUUAUUUGAAUAUUAUUAGAAUAUUAUUGAUUGUUUUUUAUUAAUCUUAUAAUUGUUAAAUGAGCGUGGAGCCUGAAAAUGGGCGAGAGAGGGAGAGAAAGAGAAAAGUUAUAAAAAUGAUGGAAAUUUCUGCAAAAGAAACUGCGAUCAAGCGCGCCCCUUAGUUCUGGAGACCUACACCGCAGGGGCGCAGCGCCUGCACAAUGUUAUUAGUCCCGAUGUGGUUCGAUGUUGUUUUAAUUGUGUUUUAAUCUUUAUUAGUUUUCUUGCUCUAUUAAUUAUUACACUUGCGUUCAUUCACUUUAUACGUUCAUUUUUGUAAAACAAGCUGUUAUAUGACGACGACGACGACGAAAACGCGAAGAAAGGGAAAAAAUUACUAAAAUAUAUCUCCAGCUGCCUAAAAAUAAAACGCCAAAUCAUACCCGAUCGUAUGAUGCUGUUGCACAGCUGAUGGGGUGCGUGUUGACCGAGCGGGAGUGCGCCUGGGCUCUCUUUACACACACACGUGUGCGGACUUAAAAAACUAUGUAAUAAUGAAAAUAUUUUGUGAGAAUUGUAUAAAAGUAUGCGAAAGUCCGACCUAGUGACACACACCCGCCCUGUAUAUCUGUAUUAAUUAGGUAGCCCGCUCGGCAACAAUAAAAAUAAAACGAACUAUACCAAGAGGAGGGAACGAAAUGGGGAACUGUGCACUCGGAACAAAAGAUGUGUGUCCUAAUUGUUUAUAUUUCGAUGAUAUCGAUCGAAACGAUACCCAAGAGCGGCUCACCGACUUUACGAGUGAUUUUUUUAUUAAUAUUAUAUGUAUAAUAUAAAUAUUAUAUUCUAUUCCUGCAAAUGCAUUUUGCAUUGUGAUGUAUUUUAGCGGUAAUUUAAGGAGUGGCAUACUUCUGUUUCCGUCAUUAAUUAAUGUAUUACGAAACAAGAUUCGAAGAGGAAAGGCAUGAGUCAAAGUUUACACGGCGUAUAUGAUACGAGUGUAAAUGCUAACGCACCAUAACAUAAAAACUACUCUAAGAGAAACCAACAAAAGAUGAACGAAAACGAAAACAAAACUCUGACUAGCUCCGACACAGCAACAAAAAAAAAACACGACAUGUUCACAAAAAGCAACAACAGAAUUACAGCUAAAAGUUUCAUCAUCAUUUGCAAUUAAAUAAUUUACAUAAUCUAUUAUUAGUACUACUACUACUUCUACUAUUCUGUCUAAUUAUCAGUAAUGUUUUUAAUUAUUCAUAUUUAAUUAAUUUUUGCUUUCGCUUCCCCUUCAAUACGAACAGCAAACAUGUUUUUAAUUACGAAUUACAAUUUUUGUCGAUUAACGAAUUCAACUGUUGUAAUGAUUAUUUUUAUUUUGUCUUAAUUACUUUUAGUGUGAUGUAGUUAAUUAUAAAUUUUUCUAUUGACGAUACUAUUAGCGAAGGACAAGCAAACAAGCAAAAGCAACCACACAAAUAACUAUUAGCCGCCAAUACAUAUUAUUACAUAUUAUUUUGAUAGCGGAGCUAUAAAGGAGCUUCGAUUGGAUUUGUUAUAAUAAUCAAUCAUUCAUGAGAGGACUGAUUUAUAUGUCUCAAUAAACAGUUGUAUGUGUAUUACAUUUGA